GCUGGGCCUCGGACGGCCGACCCUCCAUCCUGGCACUUUACCUUCAUCCUGGUAACUUACAAGUCCCCGGACCAAAAACAGGAAGUGUGCGAUGAGUUCAGCAACAGAAGAUGAGGAGGCUGCAGCGUUAGAAACUGUCAAGUCGGUCACGCUCACUCAGGACAGUGAUGGAAGCAUCAUACUGCACUGUCCUCACAACGAUGAGGACUUGGAGCCCCUUCAGAAGAAAGUGCGCCUCUCUACUGAAGAACAGGACGACUCGGACACACCUCAGUUCUCCGUGGUGACCUUACCGAUAUCGGAAAACGACGAGGGCUUCGAGGUGACGAUGACGGCCACGGCAGACGGGGAUCUCUCUGAGGAAGGUGUCGCUCAGAUUCAGAUUCUGCAGGAGGAUGAGGACUCUCUCUCGCCCGAUCAGAAGGCAGAGGUGUCACCUGUCAGUCAGGCCUGGUUCACUACAAAAGAAGACAAAGACACACUGACUAACAAAGGUCAUAAGUGGAAACAGGGCAUGUGGUCCAAAGAGGAGAUUGACAUUCUGAUGAGCAACAUCGAUCGAUAUGUAAAGGGCCGCGGCAUUGAAGACCCAGCAGAGAUCAUUUUUGAGAUGUCCAAAGAGGAGAGGAAGGAUUUCUACCGCUCUGUGGCCUUGGGGUUAAACAGGCCGCUGUUCGCCGUCUACAGACGAGUUCUACGAAUGUACGACAACCGCAACCACGUCGGCAAGUAUACUCCUGAUGAGAUAGAGAAGCUAAAAGCGUUGAGGGAGAAACACGGGAACGACUGGGCGACUAUCGGAUCAGCUCUGGGUCGCAGUGCUUCUUCUGUCAAAGAUCGCUGCCGACUAAUGAAGGACACAUGCAACACAGGUAAAUGGACUGAGGAGGAGGAGAGGCGUCUCACCGAGGUCGUCUACGAGAUGGCGGGCGUGUCGCCGGGGUCGGCGGUCACAGCAGGCGUUUCCUGGGCGACGGUCGCCGAUCAGGUUCGCACGCGCUCAGAGAAACAGUGUCGGUCGAAAUGGUUGAACUACCUGAACUGGAAACACAGCGGAGGAACGGAGUGGAUGAAGGAGGACGACCUCAACCUCAUACGCAGGAUAUCGGAGCUGGAAGUGGAGGAUGAGAAUGAAAUCAGGUGGGAGGAUCUCGCAGGCGGGUGGAGCAGCGUCCGAUCGCCUCAGUGGCUGCGAUCUAAGUGGUGGAGCAUCAAGAGACAAGUAGCCAAUCACAAGGAGAUCCCCUUCAGCGUGCUCCUGAAGGGUCUCCAGGAGCUGAUGGCGUCAUCGCAGACAUCGUCCGGACCGGGAAGUCCCUCCUCCUCCUCCUCCUCCCUCCAGAUUCGACUCACCCGAUUGGAGGAGAGCAGUGGCAGCCCCGCCCCCGGCUCCGUGGCCGCGCUGCAGAUUCCCUUGCAGAUCCCGCUGCAGAUCACACACAUGGCCUCAGAUUCGUCAGCAGCUGCCAGCGACAGUGAAACCAUCACUCUAAACACAGGAGCCCUGCAGACCUUCGAGAUCCUGCCUUCCUUCCACCUGCAGCCCACCGGCACCCCGGGGACCUACUACCUGCAGACGACGUCCAAUCAGGGCCUGCCGCUCAGCCUCUCCACCAGUCAGGGCCUUCCGCUCGGCUUAGCCAAUAACAGCACGGUUACCCUGACGACAGGCUCCUCUCCCUCAUUGCAUGAACACAUCAUCCUUCACAGCCUGUCGACGGACGGCCUCUGCUCCGGCGACGGCGUCAUCAUCCAGACAGUCACCUCUGACCCUCUCAGCCAAUCACAGCUGGUCGUGGAGACAGAGGGGCAGAGCCAGAACGACAGCCUCGACGCUACAAGUCUCCUGGAGGGUUCAGAGAACGCUGUCACAGAAACUCAGGAGCCAAUGACAGGCGGCUUCACCGACAAGGAGCUGAGCUCCCCAGUGGAGGGUCCAGUGGUGCAUUCUGGGAUAACAUCUGGCAGCGCCGUGCUGAUUGUGUCUCCUCCCAACAUCAGCAGCACUCUGACAGAUCCGAUCUUGGAGAACCAGGAAGGCUCCGACUGAGCUGGACGUCCAUCACGUCAGAUGGUGAUUAAAGGCUGGACCAAAGGAGGAGGCUGCUUCCUGUCUCUUUCUUCCUCUGAUCCUGCUAAAGUCCUGGACAGGACGCCACCACCUGUCUGCUUCAAAGACUCCUCUCCUGUUUAAAACCAGGACUUGAACAGGUUUUAAAACGGACUUGCGUGUUUGUAAAUGAAACAGAACUUGAGAAUCUGUGUGAAGCUUAACAUGUUUAAAGCUUCAUACUCGAACCCCUGGAUGAAAUGUGAGCCCUUGCAGCCUCUGCUCGUGCCAAAGAGACCCUGAAGGCUGGGAGGGAUCUGAACUGACCCUUUUCCCGUAAAAUAAAAUGAACAGUUAAUAAUGUAAACAUGAAUUUGAACGAUUCAUGCGAUUAUAAAAAUAAACUAUUUCAAUUUGUGUCACUUUAUUUUAAA